GAUACAAAAAACACAAACAAUGGCUCACUUGAUGAGCUUCCUCAUUGCUUUUUCUCUCAUUGCCUUUGCCCCUUUUUGCCUCUGUGACAAGGCGAACGAUGGGCAUCUCUACCCCCAGUUUUAUGAUCACUCAUGUCCCAAAGCUCAAGAGAUAGUGAAGUCCAUUGUGGCUGAGGCUGUUGCAAAAGAAACCCGCAUGGCUGCUUCUUUGCUGAGGCUCCAUUUCCAUGACUGUUUUGUAAAGGGGUGUGAUGCAUCAAUAUUGUUACAUAGCAGUGGCACCAUAAUUAGUGAGAAAAGCUCCAAUCCUAACCGGGGUUCAGCUAGGGGAUUUGAAGUCCUCGAUGAGAUCAAGUCUGCUCUUGAGAAGGAAUGUCCUAAGACAGUAUCCUGUGCUGAUAUUUUGGCUCUAGCUGCCAGAGAUUCCACUGUCUUGACUGGCGGUCCUAGCUGGGAAGUUCCAUUAGGAAGAAGAGACUCCAGGGGUGCAAGCUUGAGUGGCUCUAACAAUAACAUUCCUGCUCCAAACAACACAUUCCAAACCAUUCUCACCAAGUUCAAGUUACAAGGACUUGAUGUUGUUGAUCUUGUAGCGCUGUCUGGGAGUCAUACAAUCGGAAAUUCCCGUUGCACAAGCUUCAGGCAGAGACUGUACAACCAAUCAGGCAACGGACAACCUGACAACACUCUUGACCAAUCAUAUGCUUCUCAAUUGCGACCCCGAUGCCCAAGAUCUGGUGGUGAUCAGAACCUUUUCUUCUUGGACUUUGUUAGCCCAACAAAGUUUGAUAACACCUAUUACAAAAACAUAUUGGCUUCAAAGGGUCUAUUAAACUCUGAUCAAGUUCUCUUAACUAAGAAUGAAGCAUCGAUGGAGUUAGUGAAAAAAUAUGCAGAGAACAAUAAGCUUUUCUUUGAGCAAUUUGCCAAGUCCAUGAUUAAGAUGGGUAAUAUCUCUCCAUUGACCGGUUCCAAGGGAGAGAUCAGAAAGCACUGCAGGAAGAUUAACAAAUAAAUAGCUUGGCCAAUAUCAC